AUUUGUCCAGCCAUCCAACCAAACGCACCACCGGUCUCUACUCUACUUGCUCCGCCUCACUCCUCACUCUCGUCAAACUCAUCCCACCAUGUCUCCGAUCUUCAACCUCUUCCUCCUCUCUUCCAUCUUCACCACCACCGCCACCAUCGCCUACCCCUCGGUUCCCGGCGCCUUCGACCCCACCGACUGCACACUCUCUUCAGGAGACGAGAAUCUGAUUCCUAUUCGGCGCGAAGUAUAUGCUGAUGGGAGAAUCUUCGACAUCAGUCACAGGAUAACAAACGACAUGCCGUUUUGGGACAAAAAGGAUGGUUUGGGACAGUUCCUGUGGUUGCCUUCAAGCAUGAAGAACGGCUCUCUCGCCAACUUUUCCGAGAUGAAGCAAUUUCAUGGUUUAGACAUCUUUGAGUUGGUUCCGAACAACUCGGGUAGAGCCAAGUCAAUAGCUGGUCACGGCCUUGCUGUUAUGAUGCGGACCAAGAGGGUGUUUGGGGCUAUAAAGGCUGUGCAUGGACCCCGGGUUUCCCGUUCAGGGCGACGUCUGUGGCCGGAAUCUGGUGACGAGUGUUCCCGGUUUAAGAAGAGCGCAGAUGAGGUGGUGAAUCAAGAUCCUGAAAAAUUGCAGGAGGAUGGGGCGUCUUGUACCGAUAGGAGGUAUGGGCUUGUGUAUACUCGAAAAAGAAACAAAAUUGGAACUGGGGUUGCUGAUUUUUUGGAUAAAAAAUAUGGCUUACAGAAGAAGAGGAGUUCACUGAGGAGGAUGAAAGCUAGAAAUCCUUCACUCGGUGGUGUACACAAAGCUAGAGGACCUAGCUUUGGCCGCUAUUUGCCUGCUCCCAUAGUUAAGGUCAUCCCAGUUCCUGGAGUUCGACAAGUGCAAGCCUUUGAGGAUGUAGACGGUUUGCCCUUUCAGAGACCAUAUUCAUAUAUCUGCAUAAAAGCAGAUCCUUUAUAAGAGUUUUCAUCAUUUUUUGGUUAACCUUCAAAAAUCAUAGCACCAGGGCACUUCAAAA